AUAAGAGUCUAGUCGAUACCAAUCAAACCCACAUCUAUCAUAUAUGUCCUCUUGGGUACUGGAUCUGGACGACCCGACGGCGCUCAGGGGCGCCCAGCGCGUCUUCACGGCCCAGCUCCUGCUCUGUGUGGUCAUUGGCGUGUCGCUGUUGUUGUUGUUUUGCAUGUUACGAGCUAAAUGGCCGCACAUGUACGCCCUCCGCACACUACGAGAGGGUGGAGGUGUGGUCAGACCGCUUCCUCCCGGCUGGUUUGGCUGGGUCCCGGCCGUCAUCAUGUUCCUGGACGAGGAAUUGCUCCGGGUGUCUGGCUUGGACGCCUAUGUGUUUGUGGCAUUCUUUCAAAUGGCCAUCAGGAUAUUUCUUCUCUUGCUGGUGUUGGCCGUGUGUGUGAUCCUGCCCGCUCGUUAUUGGACCCAUAGAGAUGACGGGGUCAAGAGCUGGGCCGGUGGGUUGGACAUGGGCUUUUUCCUUGGACCCAGGCCCACACUGGCCCUGGCUCUGACGGGAGGGAAGGACCCCAUUGGUGGGAUCCCCACGUAUGAUGGGCCUUGGUUCUUCUGGCUCUAUGUGGCGGCCACGUAUGCCUUCUCGGCCAUUGUGUACCUCUUUCUCUUUGAUUACACCAAGAAAAUCCUCAAGAUCCGCCAGAAAUACUUGGCGUCCCAGGACUCCGUCACUGACCGAACCAUCUUGUUGUCCGGGAUCCCCAAGAAGAUCUUGUCCAAGAACAACCCGCGCGAGUUGGCAAGCUUUGUUGAGUCCAUGGGCAUUGGGAAGGUGCUUGACGUCAAGUUGGUGUACGACUGGGAGCCCUUGGACCGACUCUUUGUCGAGCGGAAACGCAUCUUGGGCCGCUUGGAGGAGGAAUACGCCAAGAUCCAUGGCCUCAGUGUCAACUUGUACAACGAUGAGACCCCUGCGGUCGUUCCCAAGCGGCUCUGUGGGCUGCUGCAUGACGACGACUCGCCACGUAUCGUUGGUCUCAGAGACCAAUUGCUUCUGAUCAACCGGGCCAUCCGUAGUGUCCAGGACAAGUUUGACUUCCAACGUGGGACCAUGAGCGACCGUCACGAAUUCAAACAAAUCUCAUCGGCGUUCAUCACCAUGGAUUCAGUCGCUCUGGCACAAAUGGCUGCUCAGACCGUGUUGGACCCACGUGUGCACAAGCUCAUCGUACACCUAGCGCCAGCUCCAAAGGACAUCAAGUGGGACCUGUUCCGGCUCUCUCCAACGGAGCGCGUCGUCAAGCUGUACAUCAUCACCUUCAUCAUUGUGCUUUCUUUCCUCGUCUUGUUCUUCCCCAUCUCGUCGAUCUCGACCUUGUUGAACCUCAAGACCAUCACCAAACUCUGGCCCGACUUGGGUGCGGCCAUUGGUCGGUCCAAAACGCUCACCACCUUGAUCACGGGGCUCUUGCCACCGUUUCUCUUUCUGUUGUUCAACUUCCUACUCCCAUACUUCUACAAGUUCCUCACCUAUUACCAAGGAUAUCUUCUGAACAGUGACAUCGAGCUCUCGACCUUGCUGAAGAAUUUCUUCUACAUCUUCUUCAACUUGUUUCUUGUAUUCACGGUCACAGGAACCGCCAGCAAUUUCUUUGGGUUAAUUGGAGAUACCACCAAAAUCGCCUAUCAAUUGGCCACUUCAUUACAAAGAUUAUCACUUUUCUAUAUCAAUUUGAUCUUAUUACAAGGAGUGGCCAUGUUCCCUAUUAGAUUGCUUCAAAUCAGUGAUUUUUUGCUUUUAAAUAUCUUGGGGAAAGUGUUUUUCCUUCGUAAUUUGGUAUGUAAGACCCCUCGUGAUUAUCGAUUUUAUUACUAUACACCACCAAUCUUUGAUUUUGGACUUCAAUUGCCACAACAUCUUCUUAUAUUCAUCAUAGUAUUGAUUUAUUCUGUGGUUCUGACUAAAAUCAUCACUUGUGGAUUGGUUUACUUUGUAUUGGGUCAUUUGGUUUACAAGUAUCAACUCAUUUAUAACUUUGUACAUCCUCCACAUUCCACCGGGAAAGUUUGGCCCAUGAUCUUUAGAAGAUUAAUCUUGGGAGUCAUUAUUUUCCAAAUCUUUAUGUGUGGUACCUUGGCCCUUAAUGAUGCAUACAUUUUGGCUGCUCUUUGUGUACCAUUGAUUUUCAUCUCAUUAAUUAUCCAAUGGAAUUUUGAAAAUUAUUAUUUGCCCUUACAUAAGUUUAUUGCCUUGAGAGCAAUUCAAAAUCCUUAUGAUGAUUAUGAAAAGGAAUUUAAUGAAGAUGAAUCUCUGAUAAGUAGUACAAGUACUGGUUUGCAGCCAGUUCAGCCGCACGGCGGUGAGGGAGAUGAUGAGGAUGCAGCAGCCGUGCAGGACGAAGGUUGCAAUGAAACAACAUCUUUACUUCAAAGUAGAAGAAAAUCACCACCUUUACGUCGUAGAAAGUCAACCAUUGAUGAGGAAAGAGAACAAUUUUCAAACUAUACAUAUCCACAUUUGAAUGAUCCAUUGAAUGGACCAUGGGUUGGAUUUGAAGGGAAUUAUGUGUCACUAUUAAAAUAUUCUCAAGAACUGAGUGGGGGGGUCCAUACACAUGACUACGAACUGGGGGACAUCAGUAUCUUGUCCACUACUGAAAAUGAAACUAUUAUUAAAAAGAAACUAACUGUAUCCGAAUGGGAGUAGUAUAGAAAGAAAUAAACACGAACAGAAUAUAAAAUGAGCCAAUGAUUAGGCGUAGGUAAGUAGACGGAGGAGGACUCUCGUGUAGAACUCCAAAGUUGAUCAACUUGGACGAUACUACCGAGAAGAGAUAAGUGAAGAGGUUCACCUCUCA